ACGGCGACCCUGCCACACGAAAUACAAGAGCAUCACUGGCACAAGCGUCAAAUCUCCGUGUUCACAUGUGUUGCGUCGACAUCGCAAGGUCCCAAAUGUUUCGGUGUCGUGUGUGAAGACCUGUGCCAUGACACUGCCCACGCGGUACUCGCUCUAAGGUGCAUUGAGGACUGGCUGGAGAACAACAUUCCAGUUUAUACGUCAUUAACGUAUAAAUCUGACGGUGCACCAGCUCACUUUAAGAAUAGAUUUCAGCUUUACGAGUUCCAACGAGCCGGUCUUCCGAAGGUGAAGUGGGUUAUUUCUGCCUCAGGACACGGCAAGAGCGCCUGUGAUGGAGUAGGGGGGCUACUGAAGCAUCAGGCGACGGUGCACAACCUCCGUUCGCCUGUGGAUGAGGCCAUACAGAAAUCAACGGACUUUGUGCACAAGGUGGGAAAGUGUGUAAAAAAUGUGACCCUCCUAAAUUUAAAGAAAGACGACGCGAGUGAUUUCCGCAAAACCAAGAGAGCCGAAUGGGGAUCCAUACCGGUUCAAAAAGGCAUCCGCCUCUCACACGUGUGGCGACUUGAAAAAGGUGAAGUGCGUCUUCAGCGAACUGCAUAA